UACAGUGGGGAAUGUGCACAGCUAUUGCGUUCACCUUUUGUAGGACCAGUGGUCAUAAAACAGUCCUGCUCAAUCUAAAUGCUAAAACCGCCAUUAGCAGCAGCAGAUGUUAGUUACACAUUUUUCUACGUGAACUUCUCUUUGCAGCAUAGUUGCAGUGGGGACACACGCCGCAGGCAGGAACACACCGAAUUCCAUCUUCAAGCCUGAAGUUGAUUUAAGCAGAGCAGAGAUGUUUCAACACGCCUACAGUGUGUGAACAGACUGACUCACAGAGGCAGUGAGCUGCUUCUUCAAAGAUGGCUACAGAGGUGGAUCAUUAUUAUCAGACUCCAAAUUAAAUAUGAACAUGCCCCGGUCUCCUCCAGCAGCUGACUCAUACCAGCAGGGCUGCAUCAGGAUGAGGCUAGAGAACGCUGAUCUGUGGAAAUCCUUUGACAACAUCGGAACAGAGAUGAUCAUAACAAAGCACGGCAGGAGAAUGUUUCCACACUGCAGCAUCAGUGUCUCUGGACUCCAACCUUUCGCAAAUUACGUCAUCAUGGUGGACAUGGUUCCUGUAGAGAGCUUCAAAUACAAGUGGAAGAAGGAGCAGUGGGAGAUUGCAGGAAAGGCUGAGCCCCAGCCCCCAUGUCGGACAUACAUGCACCCAGACUCCCCAGCCCCAGGAAGCCACUGGAUGAAGCAGUCGUUGUCCUUUCUCAAGCUGAAGCUCACUAACAACACUUUAGACCAAUACGGCCAUAUCAUCCUGCACUCUAUGCAUCGCUACUACCCAAGGUUUCACAUCGCCCAGACAGACAGUCCUUACACCGUCCGCUGGGGCCCAUUUCAGACCUUCUCCUUCCCAGAGACCACCUUCACUGCAGUCACCGCUUACCAAAACCAAAAGAUCACAAAAUUGAAGAUUGACAACAACCCAUUCGCUAAAGGAUUUAGGGAGGGAGGCACGCACUCCCACAGUAAAAGGUGUCGUUCAAGUGGAAGCCCUCCUGCAAAAAGAGCCACAGUAGAGAGAAAAGCUCUUUCCAACAGUCCUCCAAGCCUGCAGAGGAUGCCCUCCACCUCUCAGUCAGUGCUGGCAGAGAAGAACCAGGUGCCCACACAGCAGUCAGUGAAGGGGGGUGACCUUCCACGCUGGGCUUUGGAGCAGGACCCUUCUGAGAGUCUCCAUGCUGAGCCCCUGGAGCUUCAUGAGAACGACUACGGCUGUGAAGAACAGAUGGUUCCUGCCUCUGUGCCUUACCAGCCCUACAGAUCAUUUGAGUACAUCAGAUAUCCACUGCCUCCCAAUGACAUCGAUGGACCACACAACCCCUCCCACCCUCCAACUCAUCCACUUACCGUAGCUGAACACAACGUCCAACAACACGGCUACUACAACCCUCAUCACCACCACAACCAUGCAGCAGACUGGAGCCAGUACCCACUCUUCUCCUACUCCUGCUGGUGAGCUUUGGCCCACUGCAAUGUUGAUGUCAUUGAUUCAGAAUCAGCUCCACACCGAUGUGGAUCCACACCAGCUUUGGAGGGAACAAAACGGACCAGAAAAGGGACUCACACAGGAACUCCAGUCGUUUGUGUGUAACGUGUAUAAUUGUGUACAAAGUAUGCUUCUUAAAGCUUAAAAAGUGUAUGCGGAGGGGUCACUUUUGUCUGUAUCACAGGACAAAAAAAAGUGAAUAUGUCCUGUCCUUGUCUAUCCCUGAAUACACACAGCUCAACUCUGCACAGGUGUGUGUGUUAAAGAUGAUUGUGUUUGAAAACAGAGUAUACUGCAAACACUGUGAUAUAUAUCCAGUCAACUGGGAAAUAAAUGUGAUAUUAAAUCUGCAGGUGUGAGUAAAGGAUACCUAUAUACUGGAUCAUACCUUUAAUAAGACGUGCAAUAUCAUGUUGGUGUAUCAACGGGUUUCUUAUAUUGAUUGAGUCUUCAUAAACAACAGACAAAUUAAAUUGCUUAAAACUUAUACAGAUAUCCAAAUGAAAAGAAUGUAGCUACUUCAAUUCAACACCGUCCUGUCUGACAUAUACACUGUAUAUAUAAGAGCAUCAGAGGAGUCACAAUUUGUUAAAAGUUGUACCUGCAUAUGCAUAUUUUGAUUAA